AUGGGUGACGAUGAUUGCAUUGUUGCCACGCCAGCCCUGCCGGCCGGCGAAGGCAGCCGGCAGCAGCACAACCAGCAGAACAACAAGCGCAAGGCCGACCAGCCGGCCCAGUGCUAUGACAACCGGCUCGUCGCGGCCGCCGAGCAAGCGCCCGCGGCCGACCCGGCCGCCAAACGUCGGCAGACCGGCAAUACGGCGUGGCAGCCCGCCAUGAGUUUCGAGGAGAUUCUCGAUGCUCCCUGCAAGCAUCACAGCGGCGCGAGGCCAUCCACGCACACGCUUUGGCAGUGCGCCAUCACCAAGCGCAUCAUGAGGGGCGACAUUCCGCCUCCUCCGGCCCCGGCUCCGGCAGUGGGGCAGCCGCCUCCGCCUCCUCCACCGCCCCCGGCUGGCGGCGCGAUGCGCGAUGACAUCUACCCGGCCCAGAAUGCGACCUACGUCAUCUUCACAAGCCUUGGUGACGACAACCGUAGCGAGCACCUGCUCCAUUAG